AUGUUUGAUGGAAGUUUCAAGUCAAGGCGAACCAUCAACCUCGGUGGCAACAAACAACAAAUCGACAAGCAAAAACUCCUCAAGCAGGCACAAGAAGAGCGCAGAAUAAGAGAAGCCGAGCGAGCACGACUCAAAGCAGCCGAACGUAUCCAGGACAUCAGAGACACCUGGGACACGGAAACGAUCACCCUGCAACACAACAUUGGAUCAACAGCGCAGCUGACACCCACUACCAUCGCACAGCUCUCCAGUGCAGCACAGUCGUCUGUGCAAAAGCUGCUCAUAUUUUUCCGUCCAAGAUUCGACCACCAGCGAAUGGUCCAGCUCUGCAGCAACCUCCUGUUUACGACAGGUGCAACCAAAACCCGCCUUGUCGCUAUACCUUUCCAGAGCACACCCGAUCAGCAGGCAUCAUGGCAGCGACUGCUUGGACGACUCUUGUCUGAACAGGAAGCAGAGCCAGUCUUCACACUCUUUGACACCCUCACGCUUAUGGAAACAUACCCAACAACACAGGAUACCCAGGUGCUCCCUCUCUCAAAACACUUUUCUCAGACCCUCUCUAGCGUAGACAUUUUCCCUCAGCUGGCUCGCUUCCUCAGUCGAAUCUCCAUUGGCGAGAAAAGCAACCCAUCGUUUGGCAAGGCGUUGCUGCUGGCUGUGCGUAUCUUGCGAGCCAGUGAGCAGGCACUAGGGCGCGUGGAAACUAUGGACCAAUUUGUGAGUUAUAUCUUGACUGUGCCGCUUCUCCCCAACAGAAUGCCAAUUGAGACCCUAUCAACAUUCACCUCCAGACUUCCCCUGGACAACAUCUUGCUUCAGCUCUCAGGAACUUCUCUCGCCACUAUUACCAGUCUGCCUCAGUACAAGGCCAUACCUCUGCUGGCCAACAUUCUGGCGUUUGGAUAUCAACGUGUCGCCAAGAUGAGCCCUGCGGUCUCGAACGCAUACCUGCAUGUGUUGACGGCAUUGCUCGGCCUGGUUCCACGAGACUCGAUCGAAUCAGCGUCCAAGCGCGCAGCAGAUGAUGACGAGGACAUGGACGAUAUUGAAUGGAGAUCAGAAAAUUUACCAGGAUCCUCGCCAAAAUCACCAUCCUCGUCAACAGCAAAACUGGAUCCCAGGAUGAUGAAAUGGCUCUCAUUGGCGUACGACAGCAACCACUUGAACGAUAUUUUGGGAUCCAUUGAAAAGUCCAGCCCCGUUGCAACAACCCCCACAGGUGCCACGCAGGAUGUUCUCUCGGCGGACUCUAUUGGCGAGAUCACCCACCUCCUCUUGAACUUGAUUACCCUCUUCCCAUCCCACAAGAUCAACAUUCUCAGCAACCUGAUGUACUUCAAGUUCGGAAGUAAAACAAAGACUAUAGCAGGAUCCGGGACUGCCCAAGGCUCCAGCGGCAAGGUGUUCAGUGUUUCGAUCAUCAAGAUCUUUUUGGAUGCAUUCACCUCAACAAAGUUAUACGACCAGCUUCUCCAGUCGAUGCAGCGAGACACACCCCUCAGUGUCCAAUUGGUCAUGGAUCAGAGCCACGCCAAGGCUUGGAACCUACUUGCCUUUGUUGCUGAGCUCUACUGUCAGAUCUUGGUGACCAUGGGAGACGAUGAAUUUUACGACGAGACCAGGAACCCCAUUGGUCUGCAGAGCGUUGUCACCCUUGCAUCCGUUGUCAGGGAUGUUGCGUUCUUGCUGUGGUGGAACGACAAUGCUCUUAACAUGGAGUCCAAUGUUGGAGGCUCUAUGGAUCUCAAGGUCGGAUAUCUUCGAGACAUCGUUACCAAGCUGACCAGACAACUGCAUGCUCGAGAUUCGCGAAAGGCAUUCUGCCCCAAGGAUCACUGGCUACUGUCAAUGCCCCUGGAUAUGAGUGCGUUCAAACGUGCAGUCAUCCAGGACGAGGAGAAUCUUAGUCGCGACCAGGAAGUGGACGAGCAUGAUGGCGAUGAUGCUAUUAUGACGGACUCUGAACAUGUUCGUGUUCAACGUUCGAUCAACCGCCGCCAGAGAACAUCCCAGCUGGCUCGUCUGAGUCCUCGCCUGGGUGUCUUGAACAACAUCCCAUUCGUGAUUCGAUUCGAGGAUCGUGUCUUGAUAUUUCGAGCAUUUGUCGAGUCAGACCGACAGAGGAGUCCAGGUAUGUCUGGAUUCCACCCGCACCCUGUCGGACAGGCGCAGAUUCGCCGAGGAACAGUAUUUGAAGACGGCUACGAGCACCUGAAUCAUCUCGGACCAAAACUCAAAGGAAGAAUUGCUAUCAGCUUUGUUGACCAGCAUGGUAUACCAGAGGCAGGAAUCGACGGUGGGGGGGUGUUUAAGGAGUUUUUGACGUCGCUUGUUCUGCAGGCAUUCAACACCAACUAUGGGCUGUUUAUGAACACGUCGGACCACUUUCUGUACCCGAACCCACAUCGAUUUGCACAGGAGAGGACGCAACUCAAGCACUACGAAUUCUUAGGUCGGAUCCUGGGCAAGGCGCUGUACGAGGGCAUUUUGAUUGAUGCGGCAUUUGCUGGGUUCUUUUUGAGCAAGUGUUUGGGUCAGGUCAACUACCUAGAUGAUCUGCCGUCGCUAGAUCCGGAGCUGUAUCGUGGUCUGAUGUUCUUGAAGAACUAUGAAGGCAACUUUGAAGACCUCUCACUCUAUUUCACCGUCGACGAUGAAGAGAUGGGACAGACGGUCACGAGAGAGUUGAUACCGAAUGGCGCGAAUACGAUAGUGACACGGGAGAACAGGAUUCGAUACAUUUACUUGACGGCCCAUUAUCGACUCAACACCCAGAUCGACCGUCAAUGCAAGGCGUUCUUCCGAGGCCUGUCAGAUCUGAUUGACCCCAAGUGGCUGUGGAUGUUUAACCAACAGGAACUUCAAGUGAUGAUGGGAGGUGCACAGACGGGUAUCUCGUUGAAGGAUCUGGCGCAGAAUGUGGUGUAUUCAAACUUUGAGAGGACAGAUCCUACGAUUGAGUACUUUUGGUCUGUUGUUGAGGAGAUGAAUGAGGAGGAUCGUCGGUUGCUAGUCAAGUUUGUGACUUCGUGUGCACGACCGCCGUUGAUGGGAUUUGCGGAGCUGAAUCCGAAACUAUGUAUCCGGAAUGCGGGGCGGGAGGAGGACCGGUUGCCGACGAGCAGUACGUGUAUGAACCUGCUGAAGUUGCCUGCGUUUACGAGCCGGGAGCGUCUGAAGGAGAAGCUGCUGUAUGCCAUCCAUUCUGAGGCCGGGUUUGAUCUCUCGUAG